AUGAGGACGGGCCUUUUCAACCGUCGGACAAUAAGGCAGGGAGUGCUGUCAGUCGGAUCGGCGAAGAUAAAGCUGAUGCUUGCCUGCUGCAUCGUGUUCACAUUUAUUGCGCUCGCAGGUCGAACGGCGACGUUUUUGGGUUGGAACUAUUACUCUGCUCCUCUCCAGCGAUCCUGUCUCCCAGGAGAAGGUUAUACCUUAUUGAUCAACACGUGGAAAAGAAAUGACCUUCUAAAGCAAUCUAUAUCCCAUUAUGCAAAGUGUCCCGGGCUAGAUUCUGUACAUAUCGUGUGGAGUGAACCCGACCCACCUUCGAAGUCCCUUGUCAACUUUCUGAACCGUGUCAUCAAGAUGAACUCCAAAAACAGUGGAGCAAUUGAGUUGAAGUUUGAUAUCAACAAGGAAGACAGUCUGAACAACAGAUUUAAAGAGAUCAAGGAUUUGAAGUCAGACGUUGUAUUUUCCAUUGAUGAUGACAUUAUAUUUCCUUGUACAACAGUGGAAUUUGCUUUUAGUGUCUGGCGAAGUGCACCAGAUACAAUGGUCGGUAUGAUCCUUUCCAAAGCUGCCUUCUUCCACAAGAAGUAUCUCAGUAUGUACAGUUACGAGAUGCCAUCAUCAAUUCGAGAAUAUGUGACCAAGAAUAGGAAUUGUGAAGAUAUUGCAAUGUCUUUCCUCGUUGCAAAUGCAACUGGUGCUCCUCCCAUUUGGGUCAAAGGUAACAUUUUUGAGAUUGGUUCAACCGGGAUUAGCAGCAUGGGUGGUCACACUGAGAAGAGGACUGAAUGUGUGAACCGUUUUGUUACUGAGUAUGGUAGAAUGCCCUUAGUAUUGACUCCGGUCAAGGCAAUUGAUAGCCGAGUUUGUUGGUUUUGGUGA